AUGUUGUGCUUCGUGUGCAUCGACGAAAGUAAUCUCAACAAUAACAAUAGAAAAUAUGCUCAAAUGAGUAGCAAUAUACAAGCGACCACAACAUCCGUCUUUGGUCUUGAUACACGUUUAAUUCGGUAUGGCUCGUUGUUUCUUCUCAUCGUGGGUACCUUUGGAAAUAUUGUCUCAUUCAUCAUCUUCUCCUAUGGAACGCUACGCAAAUCAUCGACAUUUCGUUACCUAGCUCUGCUUUCUUUAAUGGAUCUGCUCGUUCUCUAUUCUGGUCUAUUAGAUUUAUUUCUAAUGAUCGAAUACGGUGGGACAUUUUCUUUGAGAAGUCUCAGUCCAAUCUCGUGUCGGUUACACACAUUUAUUACCUAUUGGUCUCAACACUCGUCAUCGUGGAUUCUAUCGUUCAUAUCCGUCGAUCGAGCUAUCGCAACAAAUUGUAUACAAUUUGCUAAGAAGUUUUGUACACCACGUUCGGCCGAAUACAUUGUCGGCAUUAUUUUAUUACUUACAGGUUUACUCAACUGUCAUGAAUUGAUUUUUCUGCGUUUACAAAACACAAGCCAGUCGUUGGAGCCUCGACUAGAUUCGACAAGUUUACCGACAAGCCUUGCUGCACAUGAACCACUAAUGACCUACGAAUCAGAUAUAAAUCAUAAUCAAUCAGUGCGCAAACGACACAUUCACUCGACGAUUUCCGUAUGUGAUAAUUCUCCAUGGAAUUUGUUGUGUCUAACAAGGAAAAAACGUGAGUUAAUAAGUGCGAAUUUGACAACACAUGCGACUAUAGUGAAAGUGCCGAUGUCGAACAGAAAGUGUGAGCCGCUGGAAGGUAGUCGAUACGAAUAUUUUUGGGAUCAUGUCUGGGAAUGGAUUGACGUGUGUCUAUAUGCUCUAAUUCCAUUUACCGUUAUGAGUAUUGGAACAUUCUUUAUAGUUUAUCGAGUAUAUUAUCAGCAAAGACGUGUGUUUCGUUCACGUCGUUCGGGAUCAAAUAAUCCUAUGGGUACAACUCCAAAUAAAGCCAAAAGUUUAUUCUACCUGUUAUUUACAUUAAAUCUUCUAUAUUUUAUUCUUGUCAGUCCAGUUGUAUUUGUUACAACGAUCUUAUUUCGUGAUCCGAGUGCGGAAGUGUCUUAUCCCCGUUUCAAAGCGACGAUCUAUCUCAUGCAAUACUGCAAUCAUUCGUUAAAUUUUAUUUUUUAUGGAAUUACCUCUCCUCCAUAUCGACGAACGCUAUGCGAGUGGUUUCGAGUCUUAUUUCCACAUCUGCCUCAAUGUUGUCAACGAACAAUUCGCGAACGAUCGAAAUCGCUUCGUUUUGAAAACAUCUCGAUGAAACAAAUCAAUCGAUUGGACGGUGCGCAUCAUGCACGGCAUCGACCCAUUGUCGAUCGAACUGUUCAGAAAGAAGCAGUUUCGCUCAUACCGAGAUAG